CCCCCCUUGCUCUCUGCCGGCAGAGAGACCAAGGGACAAGAGGAGGAACAGGGUGUGAAGACGGGCCUCGUAGGGCUCGGAGGGAAGCAUCCAAAGCCAGCUGGUCUGGCUUUGAGGUAAAUCAAUGGGCAGAGCGAAACAAAGGCAGCAGAAAGAAGAAGAAGAAGAAGAGUUGCAGACAGAACGACAAGAAGAGAUAAAGAAAGUCAAUACGUGCAGGAGGAGAAGGUUGUAACAGCAGGUUCUGUGAAGGCGUCUGUGCAACAACAACAAACAGAUUGCGGUGUGGUCUGCCGAAGAGCAAAGAGUGCAUUGAGAAGGGUGAAAGAGCGUAUACAAGAAGAGAGACUGUUACACGAUGUGCUAGGAGCGUGGAGGAAGAAAGCUUGUUGUUUUUCUGAUAUUGUUGAGGUGUCAGAGAGACCGGAAAGGACGCAGCCAUGGGGCGGAAGAAGAUACAGAUCACCAGGAUCAUGGAUGAGAGGAACAGGCAGGUUACCUUCACAAAGAGGAAGUUUGGCCUGAUGAAAAAGGCCUAUGAGCUGAGUGUACUAUGUGACUGUGAGAUAGCCCUCAUCAUUUUCAACAGCUCUAACAAACUGUUCCAGUACGCCAGCACAGACAUGGACAAAGUGUUGCUGAAAUACACAGAGUACAAUGAGCCCCAUGAGAGCAGAACCAACUCUGACAUUGUAGAGAAAUUGAGAAACAAAGGCCAUAAUGACUGUGCUAGUCCUGAUCCUGAUGACUGUUUUGGGCACAGCCCCCUCAUGGACGACCAUUUCGGCAAACUAAGCGAAGAGAGUGAUUUAAUGUACAAGCGCUGUGGUCCCACAGCAUUGCCUCAGCAGAACUUCUCCAUGCAUGUGGCAGUGCCUGUAUCCAAUCCUAAUGCCAUGUACCAGCCAGGAGGGACUCUGGGCAGCCAGUCCCUGGCGGCAGCCACAGCCUCUCUGAGUGAUAGUGGGAUGCUGUCCCCUCCACAGUCCUCUCUGCACAGAAAUGUGGGCUCCAGUGGAGGCCCCCAGAGGCCCACCAGUGCAGGAAGUGCAGGUGGCAUGCUGGAUACCACAGACCUUUCAGUGCCAAGUGGUGCGGGCUCCAGCCCAGCGGGGAAUGGUUUUGUUAACCCUAGGGGCUCUCCGGGCCUCCUCAGCACACCCAGCGGCAAUGGCCUGGGUAAAGUCAUGCCCACCAAGUCUCCACCACCCCCUGGAGGGAACAUGGGAAUGGGUAGCCGUAAGCCAGACCUAAGGGUUGUUAUCCCUCCAUCGAGCAAAGGGAUGAUGCCCCCGCUGUCGGAGGAGGAGGAAAUGGAUUUGAACACCCAGAGGAUAAGCAGCUCCCAGUCCAGUCAGCCACUGGCCACUCCAGUAGUGUCUGUCACCACCCCCAGCUUACCCCCACAGGGCCUGGUCUACUCAGGCAUGCCCACCUCCUACAACCCUGCUGAGUACUCCCUGAGCAGUGCAGAGAUCUCUUCCCUACAGGGCUUCAGCUCUCCUGGGCUCUCACUGGGCUCCAUGUCGGCAUGGCAACAGCAUCAACUGGGCCAGGCAGCUCUUAAUUCUUUGGUUGGUGGAGGUCACCUACCUCAGGGCUCCAACCUUUCCAUCAGCACCAGCCAGAGCAUAAACAUCAAGUCCGAGCCCAUUUCGCCGCCACGGGAGCGUGUCACCCCGUCCGGCUUCCCCCCGCAACAGCCGCAGCAAGGGUCCAGCCGACAGGAAGUUCUGGGACGCUCACCUGCCGACAGCCUCAGCUCCUCUUGUAGCUCAUAUGAUGGCAGCGAUCGUGAAGACCACCGGCCAGACUUCCACUCCCCGCUAGGGCUCGGAAGACCCCCUGCUGGCUCUGAGGACAGGGAGAGCCCCUCGGUCAAGCGCUUGCGCAUGGACACAUGGGUGACAUAAAGAGCCCCGAUCAAGCCUCCAGUCACCAGCCAGUCAGAGAGAGGGAGGGGUUAGACAUGGCGAUAAAAGAAAGAGAAGGGUCCUUAGAGCUAUCAUUAUGAUACUAUUACUCAACUCCAUUUUCAAUUUGUAAGACUGAGAUGUAAUGUAAUAAGACAUGUCAGGACAUAUCUAAAGUCAAUUCUCAAACUGAUACAGUAAGAUAAAAAAAAAAUCUCAGUUAGCUGGACUGAAUUAUAUGCACAAGCAGGUGGUAUCAGGUACUUGGUGCAAUUCAGAUGACUUUUGCAGAAGAAAGAAAAAUGUUAAACAAUAGGCAGUAGAUUAAUGUAGUCACUGGUCUAGUCAGACACUUACAUGUAGUUGCUGUUUUGCUGUUGUGCUCGCAUGUUGCAAACAAUCAGAGAAAGUUGUGUUGCUUUCAGGCUGAGGACCCUUACAUAUGACGUUCACUGCAAGAACUAUCUUUUAAAAUCAUGCUGUAACCAUACAAGACCUUUGUCUCAAGUGGCCUCUUCUAAUUUAUUGAUUCAGUCAAUCAGGAGAUACAGACAGCAUGAGGUUAAUGAGUACUAUACAGGAAUUUUGGUCAUACAAAGAACAACAGUUGAGACUACUUUAGUGAAUAAAUGAAAUAAAUGGGGAGGUAAAAACAAAAAUAGCAACAGAAUUUAUCGCAAUAAUGACAUACUAUUCAUUUUAUAAUUUAAAAGAGUAGGAUAUAUACAUGUGCAAUUACGAUAAUGCGAACCUGUCCAGUUGAACUGGUGAGAAAAUCAACAUGUUCACAUUUGCUAACAGUUCAUCAGUAAUAUAAGCCAAAGCUGUUCUUUUGUGUUGUUUUGUACAGUUGCUAUGGUUUUUCCUAACAGUUCACUCAAGUGCACCAUUUCUCUCACCAUAGUUUAAUUUUUUAUUGUGCUUUAUUACAAACAGUGUAAAGUCAUGUAAACCAGACCAUGAAUCAAUAUCUAAAGCCAUGAACAUUUGCUGUUCUGUUUGUAUAAUUGAAAAUUUGAGCCAAACAUUUUCUUUUGUUGUGUAAAUAGCGACUUUAAUAUAUAUCACCAGGGUGUGAGUACAUACUGAAAGUACUGUACGAUCGCUGUUUUCAAGAAAAGUAUAUUUUUGUGGAUCACAGCCAAGUUUACAAGAGUAGACCCUUAAAAAAGUAGAUCAUUCACUGGUCAAUAUUUGCUAUUGUGUUCAUUUUACUGUCAUCUCUUCUAAAUUGAAUUAUCAAGAUAAUCUCCUAUGUGUUUCAGUUCCAGAUGGUCGAUUUGUUUUUUUUUCUCUCUCUAUUAGUGGUGACUGUUUGUCCUUAAGACAUUGUAAUAAUAAUGCUGUGAGGUUGAAGUUCCACUAUUUUCAUAUUUGUGAAGGAUGAUCACAAGGCUAGGGGAAAUAGGGUUUCUUCCCUCCUAUUGUGUUAGCUCGUGUUAGUUGUGUACCAGCAGCUGCGGAAUACACUGCCAACAUUCAAACCCAAGGUCCCAGCCCCACAUUGAAGAAUAAUCUAUUGUUAUUGCAUGUAGCUCAACUGAAAGACAUGCCAUUUCUCAGGCUAUUUCCACUAUCCUGUUACCGGUUUCAUGGAGUUUAGGCAGAAGACACACAUGUGGUAGAAGUGGCUGCUGAGCUUCACACAAAAUUUAUCAUGCCUGUGCCCACAUGUGGUUGUAAAUAUCGCAGUCUACUUGAAAUGUCAGUCAUAAUUAUGUACAAAAAUACUCCUGUGUUUCCUUAAUUGGCUCCAGAAAUUGUAUCUUAUAUCAAUGCCCUAUAACUUGUAGGAGUACUGUAGGCCUAGGAACCUUAGGAGCCAGAAAAGUGAAAAUCUGAAGGUGCUUAAGUCAUGUACGUGAAAGGUGUUGCAACAUAAGUCUGAUGCCUCAGUCAUCACACGUUGCAGAGAGGAAAAAGGGGCUGUGACUUGUUUUCUUCUCCAUCAUCACAGAAGCGAAUAAUUCAGCAGCUAAUUCAUAACAACAACAAAAACAACAACAACAACAACAACAACAACAACAACAAUGCAAUGUCAUUGACUUCAAUCUCACUGCUGGAUUGCACACAUUUGUAUGAGAAGUUUGCUGUACAAGAGAGGUUAUCGCUCUGCAUUCGCCGUGACAUAUCUUGUGUGUGUUUCUGAGGUUUCUGUUCUCGCUGCCCCCCAUCAUCAACACCACAGUAGUUCUCAGUAUAAGCCCAUAAUGAUCUAUGCAGUUUUACCCUCAAUUCACAUGACGUACACAGAAUAUGAUGUCAUUACAGGUCAUAUGUAGUCCACAAAGCAUUAGCAAGAGACUGCUAGCCUCUUAUCCUGAAGUGCCCGAACUUCAAGAUGCAUAUGAUACAUUUAAUUAAAUUGAUUGAUUUGGAUCCCCCGGGGCAAUCUCUUCAUGUUCAUAUACAUUAGUAGACAUUACAUGAUGUAUAGUAGUUCAUAAUGUAAUCCAGUAUAACACAGCAGGUGAAAAUAGCAAUAAUAAAUGACUACAACAAAAAUUGUCUGCCUGUCUUGGCAGCAUCACCUCGUAGUUGAGCACAUACUUUAGCACUUGAUAACAUAUCAGGGAAUUUUGUAGUUUCUCUAUCUAUAUGCACAGUUAGAAAAUGCCUUAUCCCAAAGAAAAAUUACACCACUUUUAUUUUCUCUCAGUUAAAGAAAAAAACCAACAAUGCAGAUAUCACUCAAACUUGACCAGACCUGCCUCUUCUCAGAAAAGACUCACACAAGAAAAUGCACGGUGAAUGCACUGUGAUACACUUUGCUCUUUGGGUCUAUGUCCAAAUUGUGCACAACUGAUGAAUGUGAAAGGAAAGGGUUGUAGAGGACUUUCUUCACUUUGCUGUGCAAGAGUACACUGCUUUGCUUCAUGGCUUUUAUAAACAGAACUAUGUGUUUGGUAAGUGUUUGUAGUUGAUAGUUCACUUAACUAAAGAAGCUGUUUUCGGUUUGGAUGCUCAGACCGUUUGGCGGCACAAGCUGGACUUUGUUGCCAAUAAUGAAAUUAUUUGUUUCAAAAUCGAAAGAGAUUUUAAGUUAAUCUACAUUUUAUUUCCCUUGAAUGUGUUAUUUUAUUUUCAUCAUACAAUAAAUAUUCAAGUGAACUUUUUAUUAAACAAAUAAGAUACUAUGCUAGAUAUUGUUGUACAAAAUUUGUAUUCUUCACAAAAGUACAAAUAUUGGCUUUUAAUGUGUAAUUUAGGUUAUCUCUCUUAUUCUGUAUAAAAUGAAGUAAACAACUCUUACAUAGAAUUUGUUCUCAUGUGAAGUCCCAAACAGUAGAAACUGUCAACUUUAUUAAACACCUCAGUGUAUGCUCAAUCUGAA